AUGCUCUCUCCUACUCCGUCGCCUCGCCGCUCGGGCGCCACGACCAGUCGCGGCGCAUCAAGUGCCGCGACGCCUGAGGGGUCCGAGGAAAGCAGCCCGGAGAACCGAUCUUCUGCUCCGAGCCUGCCGGUCGAAGGAGCGGUCCGCAUGCUCUACGGCACUCUGGCAAGCAAUCCGCAGGCCCUGCUUCUGCCCGUCGAACCGGACGCUUCAGUCACUGCGUCGCCCCUGCUGCGCGCAGUGUGCAUCUUUCCUGAGAUCUGCGUCCGCUCGCGCGGCCUGUUCAGGCUGGAAGUGUCGCUGCUGCGCACUCCGCUAGGAGCGCCUGCGACGCAAAGGCUCGCGCAAGCAACCACUGAGGUCUUCGAAGUGGUACUGGCCGGAAAUUUCCAGGCGCCCCCGAUCACCGACCUCACGCGCCACUUUGCUCGACAAGGUGCGAGCCUGCUGCUGCCACCCGGCGCAGCGUCGGAGUGA